AGACUGUCUGCCCACCCCUCUGCACACACCCUGUGGCGUCAUCAUCUACUUUGACUCAUCUCUUUGUUUUGAGUAUACUCUGCAUUUACCUGCAUUGGAAAGAGUAAUUGUAAUAUUUAGGGCGUUGACUGUGACUAUAACUUUUAAUACUUUCUGAUGUCCCACCAGAUCAGAUCACCUUGUUAGAUGAGCAGGUACACUACACCAGAGAGGAGAACAUCUACAAUCAACACAGCAUCAAUGGUAAUGCCCAACACCUCGGUCACCACCUAUGGACUCCCGUCUGAGAUCCACCUCGGGAACGGCGGCACCAUGUCGGACGAAAUGGCCCGAGCGCGGCGUGUCCAACAGCAGGUUCAGAUGAGACUGGCGGAGAAAUCCACACUUCCGCGUCAAAAUGGAUCAGCCGCACACUACGCCAUGUCAGACUACGGCGGCUCUUCAACAAUGAAAUAUCAGACCUACAACCCAAACUACAGCUCUAAAUCCUUUGUGUACUCGGGCUCCAGAACAAUGGGUCCACGCAUAUCCCAGCGGUCGGGCUUUAGCGGCCAUUCUGUUGGCCCAGACCUGGCCCAGAUGCACAGGAUCAGUGUUGGGGGGGGUGGUGGUGGUGGAGGUGUUGUCGGUGGUGGUGGUGGUGGUUUUUAUCAUGAAGACAUACGCAUGGGCAACUACCAAGGAAUUGCCAGGCAACCGAGCCGAAUAGACCCAGAGACCCUCUCCUUGCAUGCAGUGCGGCAGCACACAGCGCAGGCAACUCCCUGGAUGGUGGAUGGCAGCGAUGCUGGCAGCAUGAUCUCUGAGCGUGACGCCACCCUCAGCCGCCAGUACGCUCAGAGCGUAAACAACGGCUACACCAGCCAGGUGAGGCAAGGAGGAGGAACCAUGACCUUUACCUCACCCAUGCGCCGAUCACUUAGUGGCACACUUUCCCGCGGUGGAGGGAUGGCAGUAGGAGAGGCUGAGGUCAUCCAGCAACCGUCCUUCAAAGGCCCAGCCCACCGCACCAUCAACAGGAUUACAAACCGAAACCGGAUGAGCGUCGGCUCUAUGUCUGGACAGCAGAUUUCCUCAGGUGGAAGCACCUAUGGUGGAGGCGGGGACAGAGUGGACAGAGGGUUCAUCACAUCUGGAGUGUCCUCUGCUUCCCAGGGGAACCUUAUGCAGCGUCAGGGCACCAUGUCCCGUGCCAUGUCAGUCAAAAGCAUGCAGAGUGUGGGCAGGGGCAUGGACAUCUACAGCGGGCAGAUGGAGAUGGGAGCCAGCAUGGGCAACCUCAGCGGAAUCAAUUCCUUGGACAUGGCCACAGCAGUGCAAAAUCUGAGAGAGCUCGACCAUGAUCUGCAGGUCCUUGGUGCCGCCUACAUUCAACAUGAGUGUUACAAUGACAACGAUGCCAAAAACGAGGUGCGUCGCUUGAAGGGUAUUGGUGAUCUGGUGAGGCUGUUUACCUGCGAUAACCUGGAAGUGCAGCGGUACGCCACUGGCGCCACACGCAACCUCAUCUAUGAGAACAUGGACAACAAGGUAGCCCUGAUCGAGGAGCGCGGCAUCCCUCAUCUUGUUGAAGCUCUUAAGGAUCCAGACGACGAGCUCCACAAAAACAUCACUGGUAUCCUGUGGAACCUUUCAUCUAAAGACAACCUGAAGGAGAAACUGGCCAGGGAGACGCUUCCUGAGCUGACUGACAAGAUCCUGAUCCCUCUGUCUGGCGGCGGAGAGUCUGAGGCCGUCCAGACGCCCUCUGAGGCAGACAUCUUCUACAACACCACAGGAUGCCUCAGGAAUAUGAGCUCUACGAACGACAAGACCCGUCAGAUGAUGAGAGAAACACAUGGACUGGUGGACUCUUUAGUGGACUACAUCAAGACCUCCCUUGAUGAUAACAAGGCAGAGAACAAGGGGGUGGAAAAUUCAGUUUGUGUCUUGAGGAACCUCUCCUACCAGCUCUACGCUGAGAUGCCUCCAUCUACUAUGAUGCGCCUGGAAGGCACAACCAGAGGUCAGGACUCAGGAAAGGGCGACGCCAUUGGUUGCUUUACACCUCAGAGCCGGAAAGCCAAAAAUAGCAAAUACCAGGAUCUCUCCACUUUCACCGAGGUGGCUCGGGUGCCAAAGGGCAUGGAGUGGCUGUGGCACCCACAGAUAGUGGGGUUGUACAACCGUGUGCUGCGUCAGUGUGAGAUCAACUCCACUACCCGCGAGGCUGCUGCCGGAGCGCUGCAGAACAUCACAGCUGGAGACAGGAGGUGGGCGUCAGUGCUGAGCCUGGUGGCUCUGGAGCAGGAGCGCAUGCUGCCAGUGCUGCUGGACCUCCUGCGUACCAACAAUGACUUAGAGCUACGUUCUCUCACAGGCUUCCUCCGAAAUCUGUCCCGCCAUUCCAGGGAUAAGAAUGCCAUGGCCACAAAGGUGGUGAACAAUCUGGUGAACAAGCUGCCUGACGAUGGAAAAAAGAAGGAGCCCUCCAGCGAUGUGGUGAUCAACAUCUGUGGUGUUCUCAAUAACUUGGUGACCAGCAGCACUUUAGCUGCAAGAGACAUCACCUUCUUUGAUGGCCUGCCAAAACUGAUCGGCAUCAAGAACUCACAUGACAACAGCACUGGGAAGAUAAAAGCAGCCAAAGCAGCAGCCACAGUUCUCAGCAAUAUGUUCCAGUACAAGAAACUGCACAAAAAUUACAAAGAGAAAGGGUUUACGAGACCGGAUUUUGCAGACCUGUCAUUCUAAAACCAAAAGUAACACGGUUAACUUCUACAACAGUGAUCAGGCCACCAGCCCCAUGUGGAAUA